AUGUCAACCACGUCGCACGACCCCUUCUACUCCUCGCCCUUCGGUCCCUUCUACCGGCGCCACACGUCCUACAUGGUGCAGCCCGAGUACCGAAUCUACGAGAUGAACAAGCGGCUGCAGGUUCGCUCCGAGGACAGUGACAACCUGUGGUGGGAUGCCUUUGCAACAGAGUUUUUUGAAAAUGAUGCAACCUUAACACUUUCCUUUUGUUUGGAAGAUGGACCAAAGCGAUACACCAUUGGAAGGACCCUCAUCCCUCGUUAUUUUAGCACUGUCUUUGAAGGAGGAGUGACAGACCUGUAUUACAUCCUCAAGCACUCAAAAGAAUCCUAUCAUAGCUCUUCCAUCACAGUGGAUUGUGAUCAGUGCACCAUGGUCAGCCAACAUGGAAAACCUAUGUUUACAAAGGUAUGCACAGAAGGACGUCUGAUCUUGGAAUUUACUUUUGAUGACCUUAUGAGAAUAAAAACAUGGCACUUUACAAUUAGACAAUACAGAGAACUUGUCCCUCGCAGUAUUUUAGCCAUGCAUGCACAAGACCCUCAGAUUUUGGAGCAGUUGUCCAAAAACAUCACUCGCAUGGGUCUGACUAACUUCACCCUCAACUACCUCAGGUUGUGUGUAAUAUUGGAACCAAUGCAAGAACUUAUGUCAAGACAUAAAACGUAUAAUUUAAGUCCUCGGGACUGCUUGAAAACAUGUUUGUUUCAAAAAUGGCAGCGGAUGGUGGCACCUCCAGCCUUCUCUCCCACAGAGCCUGCAAGACAGCCCAGCACCAAACGGAGAAAAAGGAAAAAUUCCACCAGCAGUACCUCCAACAGCAGUGUCGGGAAUAACAUCAACAGCACCAACAGCAAGAAGAAAGCCUCAGCAGUGAACCUGAGCCUUGCCAGUCAGGUACCUGAUGUGAUGGUUGUUGGGGAACCCACUCUGAUGGGUGGAGAAUUUGGUGAUGAAGACGAGCGGCUGAUCACUAGACUGGAGAACACGCAAUAUGAUGCAGCCAAUGGUCUGGAUGAUGAUGAAGACUUCAACAAUUCCCCUGCCCUAGGUAAUAACAGUCCUUGGAACAAUAAAACUUCUACCAACCAGGAGACCAAGUCUGAGAACCCCACAACCCAGGCUUCCCAGUAGAGCUCCAUACCCAUCCCCUGCUUGGCUAGUAAC